UCUUGCAAGAGCACGAGCUACUCAAGAAGAUGAUCAUACUGCAUGUUGCUUUGGCUCUCAUGAGUAACAUGUAUAUGACCUUCAGUAAUGAUAUUGUUCAACCAAUUCCCAUAAAAUCAGUUCAGCUCGGGGACAAUGUGACUUUAGAAUGUGACAUGUCGAUGGAGGAAACAGGGUACGUUUCUUGGUACAAACAAAUUGUUGGAGAGAAGCCUUGUCUAAUAGUAACCUCACAUAAAUCUUUUACAGAUGCACGUUUUGAAAGCAAGUUUAAUAGUCUGCAUUUUGAAGUAAAAAGAGAUGGAGCUAAACAUUUUUUAACAAUCUUACAAGCAGAAGAGUCUGAUUCUGCGUUCUAUUACUGUGCAAGCAUGAGGAGUUACGCAGCUGCUUUUGUGACUGGAGUAUUUCUGACAGUGAAGGGUUCAGAAGAACUACAGUCCAUCAGCAGGACUGUGGUGCAGCAGCUUGUAUCAGACCCAGUGCAUCCAGGAGACUCGGUGACUCUGCAGUGUACAGUAGACAGUGAAACCUGUGCAGGAAAACACAGUGUUUACUGGUUCAGACACGGCUCCGGAGAAUCCCUUCCGGGACUCAUUUACACCCAUGGAAACAGGAGAGAUGAGUGUGAGAAGAGCCCUGAGGCUGGGUCUCCUACACACAGCUGUGUCUACAGCCUCCCCAAGAGGAACCUCAGCCGCUCUGAUGCUGGGAUUUACUACUGUGCUGUGGUCAUGUGUGGGGACAUACUGUUUGGAAAUGGGACACAGCUGGACAUUGAAGGUACGGUCUCAAUUAAUUAAGAGUUGAUAUUAACUGUGUUAAAUGGAUAAGGAAUUAUCUGGUUAGGAAAGACAUUGUUAAAAGCAGUAAAAGCAUUCCAGCUUUCCAUAUUGUAUCAAUUAGGAUUCCUUUACAAUUUGG